CAGGUCCUCGGAAUCGCGUGUGACAACGCCUCAGCAAACAUCAAAAUGCUGAAGAAGAUCGAAGACGAGCUUGACAACUUCUUGGCCAGUGUCGGACAUGUUCGAUGCUUUGGGCAUGUGAUCCAGCUAGUCAGCUUCGCGCUCCUGAAGCACUUCAAU